GCGGCCCCGGCGGGGAUGUCCCGCAAACAGGCGGGCAAGGCCCGGCCCGCCGCCGCCGCCAGGAAGGGCCGCCGGCCCCGGCAUUCCCCCGCUGGACCGGCCCCGGGCCCCGCUCCGGGCCACAGCGGCGGCCUCGCCGGGCAGCUCCGGGCGCUUGGCCUCAAGCUGCGGGAGGUGCCGGGAGAUGGCAACUGCUUGUUCCGAGCGCUGGGGGAUCAGCUGGAGGGGCACUCCCGGAACCACCUGCGCCACCGCCAGGAGACUGUGCAGUUCAUGGUGCGGCAGCGCGCCGACUUCGAGCCCUUCGUGGAGGAUGAUGUGCCCUUUGACAAACAUGUUGCCAAUUUGGCCAAGCCUGGCACUUUUGCUGGCAACGAUGCUAUUGUGGCCUUUGCAAGGAACAAUCAAAUGAAUGUGGUUAUUCAUCAGCUCAACACUCCACUGUGGCAGAUCCGGGGCACAGACAGGAGCGGCGCCAGGGAGCUGCACAUCGCCUACAGGCAUGGGGAGCACUACGACAGCGUCAGGAGGCUCAGCGACGACUCGGAGGCGCCGGCCCACCUUCGGAUGGAGAUGCUUUGCAAGAACAAUUCCAAUAAGGCAGAGGAAGUGAAGCCACAGAAGGGUGAUUCUCAAGAUGAGACUGAGGUGGAGAUGGAAGAUGCUGUACAAAAAGUGUGCAGUGCAACUGGAUGUUCAGACAUGGAUUUAGUAAGCCACAUUCUUGAGGUGGAGGGCUACAACGUGGAGUCUGCAAUAUUUGCCAUCUUGCAGGUGAAGGAAGGGGAAGGAAUAGGUACUGAGGAGCAGCAGGAGCCCCUGGGCAGGGAGCAGAAAUCCUGCAGCAGGGCACUGUGGGAAGAGAAUGGAACUGGUUCAAGAAUCUUUGGAAAUCAGAGCUUGCAUCAAGGUGAAGCAGAGAACAAGAAGGGACAAGCUGGAUCCAGGGAAGAGAACCGAGCCAGCAGAAACCCAAAGGUGGCCAAGAAGCAAAGGAAGGAGCAGCAGCGGCUGGAGAAGAAGAAGCGGCAGGAGGAGAGGCACCGGCAGAAGGUCCUCGCCACCAAGAGGGACAGUGCAGACACCAGGACGGAGACAGACCCAGCCAGCCACAUCACCCUGGUCAAGGCCAUGGCAGCCCUAAACAUAUGACUCAGUGCUCUGAUGAGAAAAGCAAAUAAAACUGAUGAAGACGGAAUUCCCCCAGGAGAAUUUCCAGGCACCCAUGUUUAUCUUAAAAUCCAUCUCUGCUGGGAUUUCCAAACACAAGAGAACUUCCUCUUUCUUUGCUUGUGGGGAGGACAAUUGCUCAUUGAUUCUACAUCAACCUGUGGUAAGAAGAGUUGUUUAAACUUAACAGGAAGUAGAGACUUGGCUCUAUAAUCUUGGAGUUACAUGAAGAUGAGGACCUUUUCUUCACACAACGGUGACAUCUCUUUGAUGUACCUGGUUUGGGGGGUUUUUUUCGUUGGGGUUUUUUUGUUUUUUUUUUUUUUUUGUUUGGUUGGUUUUGGUUUUUUUUGUUUCUUUUUUUUUUGGUUGGUUGGUUUUUUGUUUGUUUGUCUGUUUUUGUUUUUGUGGGUUUUUUUAUUUGGUUAUGCCUGGAGAAGCUUUAUUUUACCUUCCUGUCAGGGUAUCAGACAAUCUCUUAACAAAUCUCAACUCAGGAAUAUCUCUGGUGGAUCUUUUUCUAUUUAAAUUCAAAUAAAGUAAGAAAACAGAGUCCCAGAA